UUCACUUUUUGAUGCCUCGAAAUUUUAGUAAAAAUUAUAGUCAUUCAGCACCUCACAAGCUGAGCGAAGUGCUCACGAGAAUGAACCAUGGUUUCAUGGCCUGUUACCAAGAGAAGAUUCGAAUAGGCUCCUUGUUAAUGAUGGAGAUUACUUAGUGCGAGUGACUGAACCUGAACCAGGGAUGGGCAUGAGGACAGUUUUAUCUGCACGAUGGAAGAAUAAAAAUCAACACUUUGUGAUUAACGAGAAAGAUGGCAAAUAUUUUAUUGAUAAGGAGAAAUUCCGAACUAUUCUAGAAUUAGUUAAUUUCUAUGCAACAGAGCAAAAAAGUGUAACCGAGCAAACAGAAGCAAUCCUUAUGACACCUAUACCAAAACAAGAAUGGGAGUUCAAGCAUGAAUGGGUAGGUUAUGGCAAAACUUUUGAUAACCAUAGAAAAGCGAUGAGCGAUCAUGGAGAGAUUACCAUAGAAUGA